GCGGCUGACUGUCCUCUAAAAGCUUAUAAUUAAGCUUUUAUUUUUAUAUAAGCUAUAUAUAUAGUUUGUACGCGAGGGAGAAAAGUUUUAUAGAUGGACAGAGGGAAAAAAAUUGAAGUUGAAGCUGUCGAGCUACAGCUUAUGUUUCAUUCACAACUUUGGUCCAAAGCUGCGUGAACAGCCAGUGUGAACAGCCAGUGUGAACACGGACGCGGUCUGAACAUGUCGCUGGGGUCGCGAGAUCGCCACGGGAAACGAGCACGCUGCGCAUGCGCAGACAGGUGCCAUUUAACUACGACUGUCACAGCUACACAAGUUUCCAAAUUGAAAAUAGGAGUAGAGCAAGGGAACCAUUGUUAGCUGCUGGAUGUAAUCAUGGCAUAUAGUACCAAUGCCAAGAAGAAAACAGUUCUGAUGCAGACACGACUGUCAAUCACUGAUGAGGAUGAUUCCAAAGUACUUGGACGAACAACCAACCUACGACGAGAGAAAACUGCAUCCAUGGACCAAAUUCAUACAUUGAAACUAAAAACUCAAAAUAGUGCCUGGACUCCAAUUGUUCACAAACCAUCCAAUGAGCAGAUUUUCAAGGAGAGGCGAGACUUAGUUUCUCAUUGGUUUGACAUGUGGACAGACUCCCAGCGUAAGCGUUUCUUAGAUGUCCUAUUUCGCCAAUGUUCAAGAUCACAGUACAAGUUUGUGCAGGACUGGUUUCGCGAAAGAGUGCCAAUACAGCACCUUGACUUCACGACUGUUCUUCCAAGGUUUCUUUCACUCUAUAUAUUCUCUUUUCUGGAGCCUAAAAGUUUGUGUCGCUGUGCACAGGUGUCAUGGACUUGGAAGUUUCUAUCAGAACAGGAUGAUGUUUGGAUGACAAAAUGUAUUCGCUAUGGCUGGUUCCUGCCUUACACUCCAGCUGACAAUGAAUAUGGAGCAUGGAAAAGACACUAUGUGGCUUGUAUCCACACACUUGAUUCCAUGGAAGGAAGUAGACAGCCCAAACCACCACCACCUGGUUAUCCAGAAUACAUGGAAAAGCCAGAAAUCUCAUUGAAACCAACUCGCCUUUCUCGUAUGGAUAGUCGUCGUUUGAUGGAUAUUCGACCACCUUGGCAGGGACCUGACUGGAAGCCGAAGGAUCUUGAACAGUCCAAUCGAGCAGUGGCACAUGGUUCAAACCCCAAUGAACCUGUAAGGCCGAAAUCAGAUGAAGUCAUGCAUAACCGCUGGGGCAUUCUGAAAAGUAGAUAUAAUGAAGCUGUUACAGUUCGAUCCCUGGACUUUGAGAUUGGCAUGGACACUGAUCGCCGUCGUGAUCGUCACCGCAUUCUGCUGGCAGGAGAAGAUUACAACAUUCCUAAGUCUAGCAGAAAGACUUUGAGAGAAACUCUGAUCUUUCAAACAAAUGAGGAAAGGAGAAUGGAGGAACUGAUCAAUACAGACUGGAUACCUCCCACUUCAAGUGUCAUGAAAAGGUAUCCCAAGUCACGCCAUCAGAUUUGCAACAUUCAGCCUGGUGGGAACAUUGUGAGCAGCAACCCUCGCAUCAUCAUUAUCUCCUCAAGGAUACCUGGUGCUGAUCUGUUGCUAGAUGCCGUGUUGUUUGGUGUCAUUCCGAUUGUCUAUGAAUAUGAAGGGACAGUUGCUCAGUCUCUAGUGGAACAGGUGGAGAGCGCCUUACAAGGAAGGCAUGCACAGAGUGUGGGGCUUUUUUGCCAUGCGGAGGAGCCUGGCCAGUUGUGUGUAGCCCAUGGCUGUACUGUGAGUCUUACGACUCUAGACACACCUGUGGUCAGCAGCUUUUUUGAGUCUGUGGCCAACCACAUCCUGCCUGCUGAUCUUGGUGGGCAAUUUGACAUCUUUGUCCCUCUGGCAGCCUCAGAGGAAGGGAUGGAAAUGUUAGUUCAACUGAGCAUCAAGACCAGCAUGCAGUUUUCUUCUCCUACAGGCAUCAUUGGCAACUACAACCAUGUUAACUCCUCAUGGCUUAUCGACUACAAUGGAAAAUCUCCCCCAGAAGUCUACUUCUGCACCAGCAAACUGCUCGUUUGGGCCAGUGUUGCUGACCAAGCUCAGGAGGCCAUGAAAACCUGUCAUGAAAUAAUGGCAACCUUUUUUGAGAAAACUCAUCGGGAUAUAGUUGCACAGCUAACAGGUCAGAUGAUAUUUGAUGUGCUGAGACAGACAGACAUCCAAGGUGUUCAUGAUAUCACACAUGUUCUGAAAGAUGGGCUGAUAGCUUUGGGAGAUCAGAAAAGCGUGAAUCCACUGGAAUUUCUAGGAUACUUCCUGUUAGAAAGAGCAGGUUCUUCAACCCUAACAGUGUCUGGAAGCUUACAAACUCUGUCAAGACAGCAAACUCUAAGCUCCUUAACAGAAGGCGGUGACAUGGAAGAAUCUAGAUCUGGCAGCCGAAAAAAGGCUGAGGGUGCUGAUGCAGGACAUGUUCAGAGAGACGAGCAAGACAAGCAGCUGUCAGCAGAGAGAGGCGAGGCUGCUGAAAAUGACUAUGAGGAAGAUUUUCAAGGUUCUGAUGAUGAAGACAAUGAGGGAGACAGCAAGAAAGAAUCUGCAAAGGAUGCUGGGAGAGAAAAAGCAAGCAAAGAUGUCCAGAACCACCACAGGCAGAAUCACAAAUCAUCAACCCUCAAGACACAGGAACUUAGCAUAAAGUUUGGGACCAUGAGAGCAACAAAAACUAACAGACUGUCCACACAGCAAUUUGCUGACCAUCCUGAAAAACGUACACCAGUUGCCUUUGAAAUUCUAGCCAGUGAGAUUGCAUACAUGCAUAUCCUUAAGUCCAUCAAUGAUGUCUAUGUGCGCCCUCUUAAAUCUGCUUUAUCCUCCAAGAGACCCAUCACUGGAGCCCAGAAUAUCCAGAUCAUCUUUACAGACAUCAUGAACAUCUACCAGCUCAGCCGAACCCUCACUGAAGACCUGCAAAACAGGCUAGCAGACUGGAAUCCACAGCACACCUGCCUUGGCGACAUCUUCAUAAAAUUUUGUAUGCAUAUCAAGGUGUACACAAACUUCACAAAUAAUUAUGAAGUCAUUCUACGCUGUAUCGAGCGGUGCAAGGAGCAGUCACCAGCUUUCCGUGCUUUUCUUGAGCGCCAUGAAAGAGUGCCAGAAACAAAAAUGCUGACCCUGCAGGAAAUUCUGCUCCUACCAGUGAUACGUAUUGGAGAGUAUGUAAAGCUGUUGACAUGGUUUGAGCUUCACACGCCUCGCACACAAGCAGAUCGACAAGAUCUGGAUAACGCCAUUGCUACUCUUACUGAACUGGACCGUGGCAUCAGAGAGUGUCGUACAAGAAUGGAGAGAGAGAAGGAAUUGGUUCAGCUGACUCGUAAAAUUAUCAACUGUCCGGCUUUGCUGGAAGCUAACAGAUACCUGGUCAAGCACCUGGAUGUCGCACAUCUACGUCCUCCUUCUUCUGACACAGUUGUACCUGAGCUCAGAGUAUUUCAGCGCAUUGCCACCCUUGGCUUGUAUCUCUUUAAUGAUGCCCUCGUCAUCACUCGCCGAACUUCAAAACACUUUCCUUUCAGCCGUGCUGUGGAAUACACCUACAAGUUUGACCUGUCCGUGGCCUUAACUGCCUUGCAAGUAGUUGAUAUCCCUGACUCCAAAUAUGUCAAGAACGCCUUCAAGAUGACGACUCAAAAGCGAGAGUGGGUUUGCAGCGCAGAGACAGCCGAGCAGAAGUUCAACUGGGUCGCCAUCUUGGAGCAGACAGCGCGCGCAGCUUUGAGCCGGAAGUGAGCUUGCCGAGACCAAGGAGACUCCAGGGCGCCAUCUGUUUCCCAGAAACAGCGAAUAAGCAUUCUGUUAGUCGCUGGUGGGGUUGCAAGGAAGCAGGGUAUAAUCAUGAAGAUGACACAUUUAAAGCACAUUUUCCCUGGCAUUGAGCUGAUUGUGUGAGGACGAGGGGUACACCUGCUACAACAUUCACAUGAAAUCAAAACGACUGGAGGUGGGAGGAAAAGUCAGAUGGAGAGAGGGAUAAUCAAUUUCCGCAAAUAGAUUGCGGUCCAGUUUGACAGAAUUUUGCUGGUGAACUAAAUGAGAGAUUCUGCAUGAAACGUGACCUGACUAUUGGUGUGUCAAGCUGGAAUCGUGGGAGCUUGUGCACAGACAUGAAGAACUUGCUGCGGAUCCUUUGAUUGUGGAGUAAGAGUGACAUGCUCAAGAAAAUAAAAUGGCUAUAUAUUGCAUGCUUUGACAGAAUCAUAUAAACAUUUGGACAAGGACAAGCUAUUGUCCCGAAAAACAUCUUACACAUGUACAGAUUCUUACCUUUAAUUCUCGCAAGCACCGCCUAAUCCAGGGCAGCGACAAUUUCAAGAUCCUCAACAGCCAGUCAGCCCCGAUCCUUUAUUAACAAGUCACGUGAUAGCGAAACUGGAUAAGGAUCUGUUGAUCAAUAGCCACUUUUUUCAGACUUAAGUGAACUCAAGAGUGUUAGCGAGGAUAUGAUGAUUUGAUGAUAAGGGUUGCUGUGGGUUUUUUUUUCUGGUAACAGCAGGCAGACUGAUUCAGCAGUCUCGAGAUCAGCUUACGUCAGUUGUCACGGCCCUCGGUGGUACAACUCACGGGCCAUAAACAUAUCAAACUAAGUGAUGAUUUUUUUUUUAAGCACCAUCGUCCUCCCUGAUCACCCAACAAUAACCCUUUCAUAUUAUAUUUUUGUAUGUAGUGAUUAGCCUUUUUCGAUCAUCUCGGUUCGGUUGCUGGUGUGUCUUAAACUGUCAGUUAACGACAUUGUACCUAUUUUCGCUUUAAUGUUACCUGACACUCAUUCGGUCUCGCAAAACGGGUUUCUAAGUGACCUUCGUAUCCCAUUAUUGUUACAGCAGUUGUGGCAACUUGACAUAUAUCCCAGUCCGUUUUUUGUGCAUCAGGGUUAAAAACUGGGUAAGAAAUGGAUGUGAAAAGGACAAGAGUCUCGAUAUUAGGACACGUAGGUUUCGAGGUUCUUUACAGCCUCGUGGUACCUAGCAGCCUGUGAGGGUCCAUGUCUGACAGUUGAAGUGCGGAUAUAACAGCUGUGGAAAUAGCUGCUCGAGUGACUUUCAUGUCAUAGCAGAUUUGUGAUAUCAAAUUUUUCCCGCGGUAUUGCAAGUAAAUAUGCUGUAGGAGAUGAAGAUAAUUUGUUUUCUAUAUAAGCGUUUGUAUAUAAGUAGUCUGUAUAAAUCUUGUAUUGGUGGUUAUAUUCCUGCUUCGCAGAGUACCAUAUAACUUAAAUACAUAAAAGUGAAAACAAAAUCAGCCAAACAAACUGUGAUAUUCGGAGCAAGAGUGUUUAGACAAAGGAGUAGCAAAAGACUUUAUUUAAAUGCACGUGCUAUUCCAUUCAUUUCCUUUUCAUCUAGACCAUGUUGGUGACCAGUAGGAAUGAGUUGUGUUUUUUUUAAGCGUAUUUGCAGCUAGGCACGUGCUUGUACAGCUGACGUGGCAAUGAAUGUAGACGGUUUCUCCCAAAGAGCAGCUUAGCCAGAAGCAGACGUUGACCAACUGCUGAUGCCGGCAGUCACGACAAACUCUUAAAAUGUCACAUUUUGUAUAAUUAUAUUAUUUUGAUAUAAGUUAGCUUUCGUAGAAUGCGUACGCGCAAACACACACAGCUCAGUGCACUUUUUCUUCAGUAACUAGAUUCUUUCUUUCCAUUGUUAAUUUCCUUCCUUGUCUUUUCCUUCCUGCCUCAGUCCUUUGUUGUUCCAGCACGUGGUGUUGGAGAGUCAUAGAUAUAUACUGUCUUCCAUUACAUUGAAAAUGAUUCACCAUCAGCUGUGAAUCUCGUGCUUUUACUUGUUGGUUCAUUAAAAUGAACUCGUGAUUAGGUGUUUUCUAAGCUUAGAGUAGGUCCAGCUCGCCUAGAUGACUUGGUCACGUGCUUCGAGAGUAAACAGCACUUCCAGUCACGUGGUGUGUUUCCAGCCUCUGGGUGUCGGCAGGAAGCCAAGGGUCUGUUGACUAGUUGCUCCCAUUGUUUUCCAACUGACUUGCACGUGUGUUAGCAUCGAGAAUUGGUGAAUUGGCGGAAAAGUGAAAGGCGCGGACACGUGUAGACAGCAGGCUUCCAGAACUGCACAUGUUGGUCCCUCGCUGUCAGUCCACAUUUCUUAAACAUGUCCCGGCCUUCUUAGCCCGUAGGUUAGGGUGAUUCACACAGGUUUCUUUGUUUGAAUUCCAAAAUGUUAUUGAUUUAGCAUUCUUGUUUGACAUUAUGUAGAAGUCCUCAAUAAUCCCUCGUGUCUGUUGUUUAUAUUGUAUAAAUCAAAAUAAAAUCAACAUAUAUAUAUAUGAGAGAAAGAAAUGGUUUCUUUUCUGCGCCAAUGUUAUUACAAUGUUGUUACCUUGCCUGUAGGUGGCACUUGUUUGCCUCCAAUUAUACACAAGUCACCCUCUCCCUACUUUGUUUACAGGAUAAACUAUUCGUGUCACUUGC